AUUAGAAACUUUGGUCAGAGAGUUAGAUUUUUAGGAUGGCUGUGGUAGAAGGUCUUUUUCUGCAGGCUACUGGUACUACCAUAUUACUUGGGUUUGUGGUUCUCCUGGUGGUUAUUUAUUUUUAUUUAUCAGGCUCUAGUUUUAAGGAAGAACCUAAUGAACCUCCAGGACCGAAACCCCUGCCUUUUUUGGGAAACCUGCUUCAAAUAGACUUGGCCAGACCCCAUGAAUCACUUUCUGAGCUCGCCAAGACGUACGGAUCUGUGUUCAAAGUAUAUUUUGGUCCAAAGAAAGUCAUUGUCUUAGCUGGGUACAAAACAGUCAAACAAGCACUUGUUAAUUUCGCAGAAGAAUUUGGGGAAAGGGAACUCAAUCAAACAUUUAAGUUUGCUGAAGACCAUGGAAUCCUGUUUUCUAAUGGAGAGAACUGGAAAGAGAUGAGACGUUUUGCUUUAACAAACCUUCGAGACUUUGGAAUGGGCAAGAGAGGCAGUGAAGAGAAAAUCAUUGAGGAAAUCCAAUAUCUUAAAGAAGUAUUUGAAAGCUUUGGAGGAAAGCCAUUUGACACAACUCAACCAGUAAACCAUGCAGUCUCCAACAUCAUCUCGUCCAUUGUGUAUGGAAGCAGAUUUGAAUACACUGAUCCUCAGUUUAAAGAAAUGGUCAACAGGGCAAAUGAGAAUGUCAGGAUUGGUGGAUCGGCUUCCAUACGAAUCUUUAACAUACUUCCCUGGGUUGGUCCAUUUUUGAGAAGUUUAAGAAAACUCCGUGCAAAUGCUGAGAAAAACAUAAGCCAGGUUCGUGAGCUGGUGAGCGGUCUUCAGGAGACAUUAAAUUCAGAUGAACGAAGAGGAUUUGUUGACUCCUUCCUCCUCCGUAAACAAAAUUUAUAUAGCAGCACAGGCAUGUUGCUUGGGCUGUUGAUAAUGUUAUUGCUGAUUAUUUAUCACCUUUCUUCUAAUGUCAAAUCUCAGGGAGAAAACAAGGAACCUCCAGGUCCUAAACCACUGCCUAUCUUGGGAAACAUGCUGCAAUUGAACCUAAAGAGACCCUACCUGACUCUAUGUGAAAUGUCAAAAAAAUAUGGAUCAGUAUUCACUGUGUAUUUUGGGCCUAAGAAAGUUGUUGUCUUGGCAGGAUAUCAAACUGUUAAGCAAGCACUUGAAAAUUAUGCAGAGGAAUUUGGAAACAGAGACAUCACUCCAAUUUUCUUUGACUUUAACAAAGGACAUGGAAUUCUGUUUAGCAAUGGUGAAAACUGGAAAGAAAUGAGACGAUUUUCCCUCACCACACUCCGAGACUUUGGGAUGGGCAAAAGAGGGAGUGAGGACAAAAUCAUAGAAGAAACGCACUAUUUAAGAAAAGUGUUUGAAGAAUAUCAAGGGAAACCAUUUGAUACCUCACAGCCUUUAAAUUAUGCCACCUCAAAUGUCAUCUCAGCCAUUGUGUAUGGUAGCAGGUUCCAAUACAGUGACCCUAAGUUCAAAGAAAUGGUUAACCGGGUCAAUGAGAACAUUAAACUCACUGGCUCACCUUCUAUUCAGAUCUAUAAUAUGUUUCCAUGGAUUGGCUGCUGGCUAAAGAAUAGGAGACUUAUAAUGGAAAACUAUGAGACAAAUAUAAAGCAAAUAAAAAAGAUUUUGGACAAUUUGGAGGAGACCCUUAAUGUUGAGGAUACCCGAUGCUUUGUUGACUCUUUUCUUAUCCGGAAAAAAAAUGCAGAGAAAGCUGGAGAAAAAGACAGUUUGUUUCAUGAACAGAAUCUUAUUAUGACAGUUUCCAACUUGUUUGCUGCUGGUACUGACACAACUAGCACAACACUGCGCUGGUGCCUUCUGCUAAUGGCCAAGUAUCCCCAGGUUCAGGAACGUGUCCAUAAAGAGAUUGACAGUGUGAUUGGAGCUCGUCAGCCGGCGCUGGAGGACAGAAAGAAUUUGCCUUACACAAAUGCCGUGAUCCAUGAGUCUCAGAGACUUGCUAACAUAGUACCUAUGAGUCUCCCCCACACCACUAGUUGUGAUGUUACAUUUCAAGGAUUCUUCAUCAAAAAGGGCACAUGCGUGUUUCCUCUCCUGACAUCUGUGUUGUGUGAUGAGAGUCAGUGGGAGAGCCCACAUACCUUUAACCCUGCACGUUUCUUAGAUAAGCAAGGCCGAUUUGUUAAGAAAGAUGCCUUCAUGCCUUUUUCUGCAGGGCGCAGAUUGUGUCUUGGAGAGAGUCUGGCAAAGAUGGAGCUCUUCAUCUUUUUCACCUCCUUACUGCAGCACUUUCAUUUCACUCCUCCACCAGGGGUAUCUGAGGAACAGCUGGACCUCACUCCAGCAGUGGGCUUCACGUUGAACCCCUCUCCUCACAAGCUGUGUGCAAUUAGCCGAACCUCUUAAGACUAAUAAUUUACUAAAACACCAAAAUGUUUUUAGUUAUAUUAAAAAUUAACUGAAAUUCGUAAAUUUACUUACAAUUAGCAAUUUCUUGAUUUGAUCAUGAUUGCAAAUAAACUAUGAAAAGGGAUAACAUAUAUAAACAUAACAUAUAAAAAAACAAUACCCUUUAAACAUUAAUUUGCUUAGAAAAAAAACUGGCAAUUUUCACUCAAGUAAAAUAAAAAUGUAUAUUUUAUGUAUUUUUAUAUGUCCUAACUCAUUACAAUUAUCAUUUUCAUUUCAUUUUCAGGUCAUUAAGUAAAUGUACUUAUAUCGGUCUUCAUAAAGACUAAACCAUAUUGCUGAUGUGUAUCCCACACAUCUAGCAAAGAAACACAUGAACAAAGAAAAUUAUAGAAAGACUCAACUUUCAAAUCAUUUUUUAAAUCAUAGGCAUUUAGGCCUUGUUCACAUGGGCAUUGAAUGUUUGGAUAAACAAACGCGCUCUGAAUGUCCUUGACGUUUAUGUUGCGUUUUGUAGUGGCGCUCGAUUGACUUCUACACUGGUGUUAAUUUGGCUCUGUCUGCAUCCUGCAGCCCAAAUUGUAGUUGUUAACCUGUGGAGGCAGUGUCGGGAACUGGAUAUGAAAGCGCUUGUCCUUUUAGUUGAGGUGCCUCCUUUUAAUAUGGACCAUUUCGCUAUAUUAGACAUUAAUCUUAUUGUUUUAAAAUUACGUUUAAGUUUUUCAAUUACUGUCGGAUGUCAGUUUUCACUUUUGAUUGGCUGGAUCAACUUCCUCCCACAUUUUGUUCAGCUUUUUUCCGCACUAAAAGCGUUUUCCUUGUGUUCAAACAGCAAGAAAAAGCUGCAUGCAACGUUUUUAUGACGCUGUAUAAACGCGCAGCCAGACAAACGCAUGUCACCAAAGCCCGUGUGCACACUUCUAUGUGUAGAAAACCCUCGGUGCUUGAUCCACGCUCACCGGACGCUACGAACGCCAAAAAAACGUUCGAUUUUUACGUGUAAAGGCCUAAAACACACAACAGACAUUAAAAACAGCUUAAAUAAGUAUAAAUUUCUGUAAGUAUAUAUGCCCAUCAAUAAAUAUAUUAUUCAGUUAACAUUACUACAUUACAUAGUUUACAAAACAAUUGCAAAAUAAUAAUAAAUGUAACCCAGUACAUUUAAUUUAAAUGUAAACAUUGGA